CCGCGCCCCCGCCGCCAGCGCCCAGCAGCUGCCCUCACCGGUGCGUGCCCGGGCGCCCGGGGACCAUGGCAGCCGCGGCGGGCCCGCGAGGGGGGCAGUGGGCAGAGCAGCGUGCGCUCGGCCGGGCGGUGAGGCUGCUGCAGAGCCUGGAGGAGCAGUGCGGGGACCCCCGGCUGGCCAUGGGGCCGCCCUCGCUGCGGGACCUGCUGCCCAGCACCGUGCGCCUCCUGCGGGCGGUGGCCAGAGUCCGCCACGACGCCGGCCCGGGCGGCUCGGAGGGUCCGGGGGGCGCCUGGAACUUCCUGCAGGUGUUCCUGGCCAACCUGGAGGCCAAGGCCAAGCAGGUGGCCGGGCUCCUGCCAGGCCGAGGACGACGGGGAGCCAGCGACGACCUCUUCCUGGAGGGCUCCAGGCUCAGGCAGCAGCUGGCCAAGCUGGCCCUCAUCUUCAGCCACAUGCACGCGGAGCUGGGCGCGCUCUUCCCCAAGGGAAAGUACUGUGGGGACCACUACCAGGUCACCAAGGCAGAAGCCCACGCUUUCUGGAGGGAGCACUGCGGUGCCCGCUGUGUGCUGCCCUGGGCCGAGUUCCAGGCACUGCUGAACACCUGUCACGCUGUGGAACCUGGCGCCACUGCCCAGGCCCUGUGCUCCACCAUGGACCUCACCUUCAGUGGCCACGUGUCCAUCUUCGAGUUUGACAUUUUCACCAGGCUCUUCCAGCCAUGGCCAACGCUGCUCAAGAACUGGCAGCUCCUAGCUGUCAACCACCCGGGCUACAUGGCCUUCCUGACAUAUGAUGAUGUACAGGCCCGCCUGCAGGCCUACAGAGACAAGCCAGGCAGCUACAUCUUCCGGCCCAGCUGCACCCGCCUGGGGCAGUGGGCCAUCGGGUACGUGAACUCGGACGGCAGCAUCCUGCAGACCAUCCCUCCCAGCGGACCCCUGUCCCUGGUGCUCCUCGAAGGACAGAAGGACGGCAACUUCCUCUACCCAGACGGGAAGAACCGCAACCCAGACCUGACAGCGCUCUGCCUGGCUGCACCCCAGCAGCACAUCCACGUGUCAGAGGAACAGCUGCAGCUCUACUGGGACAUGGAUUCCACAUUCGAGCUGUGCAAGAUCUGUGCCGAAAGGGACAAGGACGUGAGGAUCGAGCCCUGCGGACACCUGCUCUGCAGCCAUUGCCUGGCUGCCUGGCAGCACAAGGACAGCCAGACGUGCCCCUUCUGCCGCCGUGAGAUCAAGGGCUGCGAGGCCGUGAGCUUCUAUCGGUUCACCGGAGGCACAGUGGAGGGCAAGGCCAGUGCCGUGGACACAGACCCCAGCCGUGACCAGGAGAGCGUGGAGCGGGAGCAGGUGGCCCCUCCUGCUCCUCCUCUGCCCCCUCGGGGAGAUCUGCCCCCCAGGAGACCCAGAAGUGAACACCAGCUGGAGGUGGCACCCCUGGCACUCCCCCGACUCCGGGCCCCCAUUCCCUUGCCGAGAACCAGGGCCGUAGCCCAGUGGAGUGGCGGCUCCAGGGCCCAGGCCACCGAGGGGGCCGCAGGAAACUCCUAAAGGAAGUGCACCCCUCCAGCUGCCUCUGUGGGCCCCCCCACCCCCGCAGGCUCCCAGGCCUUGAAGCCAGGGUGCCCAGAUGCGCUGCUACAACGGACCCUCAGGGGCUGGAAGGGGUUUGUGAUCCGAAAUAAAGUCCCAAGCCUGA